AUGGUGGCCUUAAAGGAUAUUUUACUUGGUACGUCCUACUUUAUCGGCAUCGUCGCUGCAAAAUAUGUGAACACGUCUUCUCCAACUACCACCUCGUUUUCAGGAUCUUUGAGCUCAACGAUUUCAUCUUCGGUGAGCUCUUCAACCACUGCUUCGCCCACUGCUUUCUUUUCAAAUGUUCAGUUGGUGGACGCUUACAGCGGAACAAACACUUCAACUGAUAGAAGCCAUUGGUUUAUGAUUGAAGCAGAACUGUAUGCCUCUGCAGGCUUUACUGAUAGAUUGUAUCUCACAGUUCCAAAGGAGUUAAGCGACUUUCCGUCCGGGCCAUUUGACCUAAUUCAAGGUACGAGUGUUGUUGGCUCCAUUAGUUACAACUCGCCUAACGUGUUCUCAAUUGCCUUCUCCAAUAACACUGAGCAAGCAAUCAGUACCACCUUCAAUUUCUUGGCUAAACUAUCUUCUGACGCUAUCGAAGCAAUCGAAUCACCUCAAGCGAUCGACUAUACCUUCGAGGUGUCGGGCGGAUCAUCAUUUGUUUCCACGAUUGAUUAUAUCGCAGAAAGUUUGUCAGUAUCUUCAACAAACUCUGGCUCUGACAGCAAUGGCCGUGCAUGGUUUACUUUAGAUAUUCCUAUGUCGGAAUAUCCUGGCUCCUUUGUAUUUGGUGCUGGUUUCCCAGGAUCCACUGCUUAUGAAUUCGACCCAUCACUUACGACCAUUCAAGUUGUUACGGCAGUUGAUGGGUUUAACCAGCCCACGAAGAUGGUAAAUAUCACUGCAGCAGUGGAUUCAUCAGACGAAUCGAGUAUAAGUUUGAGUUUGAACACGCAAAUAAGCGGUGGGAAAUAUAUUCGGAUUAAGUAUUUCACUCAACCAAUCGCUGAUACUUACAUUGAAAGCAUCGCAACUGUGAAAUAUCCCACCCUCUCAUCAUACAAAAGGGAAAUUUCCAUUAUCUUCGAGGAAUACGUUUAUCUGAAAUCCAUUGCCAACUUAAAUCAAUGGGGCGAAGACAUUUCAGUUAUGACGGAUUCAGAUUGGUUUUCGACCAUAACAACAACGAACACAUCCAGUUCGACAUCAACACCAACGGCAACUUCUGGUUCCGUGACUGUCUUCAACAUCACAACUGAAACUUCUGCCACCUCUCAAAUCGAAACAGCAGCUAACAGUACACUUCUAAAAUCCACCAGCACGCCUUCCACUGGUUUUACAUCGUAUCCAUCAUCCAACACUAGCACCGUACUUCCUGACGCAACCUCAACUUCGAACUCAACAGAGAACAUGACUUACACAGUUAUCACCGAGUCCAACGGUGCAGAAAUUACUGUUUACACCAGCUUCUUCCCUGUUGCUACCUUGUCUUCCAUGUCAUCGAAUGUAUCCAAUUCACCAACCACAACAUCGUCCCCAAGUUUCAAUUCAACUGGUGUGUCAACGAGCACUUACUUGAGCAAAGAGGUCCUCACGGUUACCUCAAACGGAGAGGUAACCGAAAUCUCAGAAUUGAUCCCUGUUAGUACGAUCGUUUCGGCUACAUAUGCGUUAACUAGCCAUUCUCCAAGCAGUACAGUUUCCACUACUCAUUUAUUAGGCUAUUCGGAUGAGAGUUCAACAACUUCGAAAAGUUUACCAGCUAGUUUAACGACCGAGGUAUUCACGUCUAGCUACUUAUCCAGUUUGGUGUUUACAACUACCCGCGAUGGACAGGUAAGUGAAUAUACAACAUGGUUCCCAGUAGAGACACUGUCCUCCACAGUGAGGACUAUGGCAGAGCCGGACUACGUUCAAAUGACAAGGAGCAAGGAAAAUUCAUUAUCUUCGAGUGCCACAAGCACAACCUCCCUUAAAAUGACAUCGACUAUAAUCACGCAAACAGAGGGAGGCAAAAUCAUUGAGUUUACCAGUGUGGUUCCAUGUGAGACGGAGGUAUCAUCUUUGUCUCACACUUCUUCUAAGCUUUCCAUUUCUUCAUCUUCUACAGAGUUGUCAUCCCAAGCCCAUGCUACAUCAGCUACGUCCACUUCUUCAUCCGCUGAAUCGGAAACUACACAAACGAAUGAUUUCAGCUCAGAGUCUAGUUUGCCGCUAACGAUCUCUACCACAGAUGCGACAACAACAGCAGAAGAAUCAGCUUCAGCAUCUCAGUCUCCGGAUUCUAGCAGUUCGCCAGUACCUGUUUUGUCCACCAUAACAUCAGUCUCUGCCAAUGUUAUUCAGGCUACUGCUGCUGAGCAAGUAUCAACUCUAAUCUCAGUAUAUGGGGGGUCUUCAUUGGGUACAGAAACAAACAAUACCUCUUCCAUCAUAAUAUCUAGUUAUGAUGGUUCGGGCAACCGUUUGAGUGGAGGCAUUUCCGGGAUCAUCGUUGGCUUCUUUAUAUUCCUAAUAUGA